GGGGCGUGGCCUGCGCUCAGACACAAACACAUUCAUACGCUGCGCUGCAUUGCCCGGACUGUGGGCACCAGACAGCGGGCACCACAGCUGACCUCCCCCUGCCCAUGAAGAGGCCCCGGAUGGAUAAUGGCGCCGUCGGGCCCUAGCAGCGUGAAGAGAAGGUGCAGGAGGUGCCUGUACUGGAUCCCGGUGCUCUUCAUCUCCAUCAUCGUGUGCUGGUCCUACUACGCCUAUGUCAUCCAGCUGUGUAUAGUGUCCAUGGACAAUAUUGGAGAGAAAGUUCUCUGUCUGAUAGCAUAUCACUUCUUUGUUCUCCUGUUUGUUUGGUCUUACUGGAAGACUGUCUUCACAAUACCAAUGAAUCCAACUAAAGAGUUUCACCUGUCUUAUGCUGACAAAGAGCUUAUAGAACGAGGACCUAGAGGAGAAUCCCAACAAGAUGUCCUCAGAAGACUAGCCAAGGACCUUCCAGUCUAUACCAGGACAAUGUCAGGAGCUAUCAGAUACUGUGACAGAUGCCAGCUUGUGAAGCCUGACCGCUGUCAUCACUGUUCCGUCUGUGAUAAGUGUAUUCUAAAAAUGGAUCACCACUGUCCUUGGGUAAACAACUGUGUCGGAUUCUCCAAUUACAAGUUCUUUUUAUUGUUCCUGGCCUAUUCCUUACUGUAUUGCCUUUUUAUUGUUGCCACAGAUUUACAGUAUUUCAUCAAGUUUUGGACAAAUGGUCUACCUGACACACAAGCAAAAUUCCACAUUAUGUUUCUGUUUUUUGCUGCUGCUAUGUUUUCCGUUAGCCUGUCCUCCUUGUUUGGUUAUCAUUGCUGGCUUGUUUGUAAAAAUCGCUCAACACUGGAGGCUUUCAGAUCACCAGUAUUUAGGCAUGGCACAGACAAAAAUGGCUUCAGUCUUGGGUUUAGUAAAAAUCUACGACAAGUAUUUGGAGAUGAGAAGAAAUAUUGGCCGCUGCCUGUAUUUACAAGCUUAGGUGAUGGCUGUUCAUUUCCUACCUGUCUGGUCAACCAGGAUCCUGAGCAAGCAUCUACACCUUCUGGAACCAAUGUAGCAGCUAAAAGUGCUGACAACCAUCAGUUCCCAGGCAAACCUCUCCGCGAGUCUCAGAGUCACCUGCUGACUGAUACCCAGUCUUGGACUGAGAGCAGCUGCAAUGAAGAGAAGGGGAAACAUGGUAUGAGUAACCCAGCAUUAACCAUCGAGAAGGAAACCUAGCUCUAUGGAAAUGUUGCAGAAGGUUAAGCUUGCAGAACAUGGGCAGAUGUUCAUGUGAGGAAGAAGUCAUGCCCUCAUUGGCUAGCUUUACAUCUGUUUCUAGAGAUGACAGCACCUGAUCAGCUCUCUCCAUUACCGCUAAAAACCAUGCAGAAAGACUUCACCUCCCCUUUUGGUAAACUGCGAAUAGCAGGGAAUGUGAACAUGCAGGAAACAUUGGAAGGAAGAGGAAACCUUUGUAGUAAAAUGUUGGCAGUCCUGUGUUGUAUGCGAUGUAAGGUUGUAUUUUAACCGUGUUUAUGAUAUUAUAGCACAAACAAGCAUUAUCGUCAUUCCUCUUCCAAGAAGGAACAUUCCUAUAUAUUUCGUGAAUGCAAAGCACUUUUUGAAUAGAGUGAUGGCAGCAUAUUUUAUAUUUAAAGGAAACAGUAUUUAUCUAAAUAAUGAGGCCAAUGAAAUGUUAUUGAUGAACUCAUUAAAUAACAUCAACACCAACCGAGUCCAGUUAUGGUUACUGCAUGGUGAAGCACUUUGCCAAGCAAAUCAGAAAUCCUACUUUGGGAUUAGUCAUAUUAAAAGGAAUCUGUCAGCUGUAGAUCACGCUCAGAGCUGAAGUGUCAGGGAGGCAGUGCUGAGUAUUCUCCCCCCACCCCCACCCCGUUUUGAUUGAUUGAUGUACAGGACUCCUCUUCCAGCACUGAGUUGUGUUUUAUCAGUCUAGGCGGAGAGGACUGGCAGAGGGAGGAGGUUCAGCACAGCCUCCUUGACACUUCAGCUCUCAGUGUUAUCUACAGCUGACAGUUUUUCUUCAAGUGCCCUUCCAAGUCUUAUAUUGCAGUUUGAAGCCGCUGUUUCUCCGUAGUUGUGUACAUGCCACAUCCAGAGUUAUCAGUAGGCUCCCUCCGCUUCUGUUCCCAUCACCUUUGGAUGUUAUAUGGAAAGCUAUGAAAGUGGAAUAGAUUACACUUUAAUUGUU